CACCUGCCUGUCAUCUUCCUCCCCCACUCCACGACGAACUUUCCAGAUAGUAUUUUGUGGAGGAUCGGGAGCUGUGUGCCAAGAACAACGAAGACGUUUCCCCGUACUUGUGGUGAACAAGCUCAAUCAAAACCAUCAGUGUCUAUGGCUGCUGCUGCGGCGUCGUUCAGGUCUGUCCUACAACAAGCUCAGCAGGCCGCUGAGCGGUCCGGCCGAAGUGCCCCGCAGAUCCGACUCGUUGCCGUUAGCAAGACUAAGCCAAUUUCUGUUAUCCGCGAGGUCUAUGAUGCUGGUCAUCGAUGCUUUGGCGAGAACUACGUUCAGGAGCUCAUUGAGAAAGCUCCUCAGCUUCCAGAUGAUAUUGAGUGGCAUUUCAUUGGGAAUUUGCAGAGCAAUAAAGUGAAGCCUCUUUUGGGCGGUGUUCCAAAUCUUGCAUAUGUAGAGACAGUAGAUGAUGAGAAGAUAGCAAAUCAUCUUGACGGUGCAGUAGCAAACAUUGGCAGAAAGCCUUUGAAAGUUUUUGUUCAAGUGAAUACAAGUGGAGAAACAUCAAAAUCUGGUGUCGAACCUGCUGGAUGUGUUGACCUUGUAAAGCAUGUCAGGAGCUGCCCUAACCUUGAGUUUUGUGGUUUAAUGACUAUUGGUAUGCCAGAUUAUACAGCUACGCCAGAAAAUUUUAAGACACUAUCUGAUUGUAGAAGCCAGGUUUGUAAAGAACUUGGAAUGUCAGAAGAGCAGUGUGAGCUAUCGAUGGGAAUGUCUUCAGACUUUGAGCUAGCUAUUGAGAUGGGAAGUACAAAUGUGAGGGUUGGAUCUAGCAUAUUUGGCGCCAGAGAGUAUCCAAAGAAAGAAGCCCAGUAGCUCUCCCGAUUUUGCAGCCUCGUUCGAGUUCCCAACUCCUUAUGCAGAAAAAUUGUGGGUGAUCAUGAGCAGACAAGUUUUUGGGGAUUACAGAGGGUCAAUGUCAGAAAAGCCUGAAUAAAUACAUUGACGUUGAAAAUAAAAUAAAAUUCACUCAAUGGGAUGUGUAUUGUUUUUCUUUUUCUUUUCUCUUUGGUACCUCCAUCCCCUGUUGUCCCAACAGGGGAUGGGGGAAAAUGUAACUCUCGAUUUCCUGGCCACAAAUCUUGUAUGUCAAAAACAGCAAUGCGAAGAAGAAACAAACCAGAACAGGUCAUGAGAAAGCAAAUUGCUUCCUACGUAA